AUUACAUUCGAGUAAAUGCCAUAACGCUAUUGUGUGAUUUGUGUCAACAAAGAAGACUAUAAAAACAGCUUAAUUGCUUGAAUAGAUCUUCCAUGACACAUCUAAAACUAGCUUUUGUUGAUCAGUAAAACAGCAACUUUCCUUUUCCAAAGUCGUAACAUAUAAAGUUGAUGGGAUUCCAACUUCCAGAAUCUAUUCCCCAUCCAAUACGCCAUCUCUAAUCUAUUUAGUUCAGUCUCAACUCAGCUAAAAUCUCAGUCAGCCAUGUCUGACUUGGAAUUCAUCCUCUCUGUUCUUUCUUUGAUCAUUGCUUCACUUCUCACCAUUAAUUUGUUCAAAAGAAAACACUACCACCACCACCACCUGAAUCUCCCCCCAGGCAAGAUGGGGUGGCCUUUUCUUGGUGAGACCAUUGGCUACUUGAGGCCUUAUUCAGCUACCUCUAUUGGGUAUUUCAUGGAAGACCACAUAUUUAGAUUCGGGAAGAUAUUUAAGUCGAACUUAUUCGGGGAGAAGGCGAUAGUGUCAGUAGAUGCAGGGCUAAACAGAUACAUUCUUCAGAAUGAAGGGAGGUUGUUUGAGUGCAGUUACCCAAGUAGCAUAGGUGGGAUACUUGGGAAGUGGUCAAUGCUGGUCUUGGUGGGAGAAAUGCACAGAGAUAUGAGGACUAUCUCUCUCAAUUUCUUGAGCAGUGCUAGGCUUAGAACUCAGCUUCUCAAAGAAGUGGAGAAGCACACUCUGUUUGUUCUUGGUUCUUGGAAUCCAGGCUCUGUUAUCUGUGCUCAAGAUGAAGCCAAAAAGUAUACGUUUAAUUUCAUGGCGGAACAUAUCAUGAGUUUGGAACCUGGAAAGCUAGAGACAGAAAAGCUGAAGAAAGAGUAUAUUACUUUCAUGAAAGGGGUCGUUUCAGCACCAUUGAAUUUCCCAGGAACUGCAUACAGAAAAGCCUUGCAGUCUCGGACAAAGAUUCUUAAAUUCAUCGAGGAGAAAAUGGAGAAGAGACAGAAGGGGAAUGAGGAAGAAGGAAAUGAUCUUUUGGGAUGGGCAAUAAACAAUUCAAGUCUUUCAAAGGAACAGAUUCUUGAUUUGGUACUGAGUCUGCUGUUUGCUGGCCAUGAAACUUCAUCUGUGGCCAUUGCUUUAGCCAUCUACUUCUUGCAAGGCUGUCCAAAUGCCAUUCAAGAACUAAGAGAAGAACACAUGGAAAUCUCUAAUGCCAAUAAUGAGCAAUCUGGAGGCAAGGAACUGACUUGGGAUGACUACAAGAAGAUGGAGUUCACCCAUUGUGUUGUAAAUGAGACAUUGAGGCUGGGGAAUGUGGUAAGGUUUCUGCACAGAAAAGCCAUCAAAGACGUCCGGUACAAAGGAUAUGACAUUCCAUGUGGAUGGAAAGUGCUACCGGUUAUUUCAGCGGUGCAUUUAGAUCCUUCACUUUUUGACCAUCCUCAGCACUUCAAUCCAUGGAGAUGGCAGAAUAAAGAUGGAUGUGCAGCUUCAACGUCGCCAACAAAUAAGAACUUCAUGCCUUUCGGAGGAGGGCCGCGGUUGUGCACGGGAUCAGAAUUGGCCAAGCUAGAGAUGGCCAUAUUCAUCCACCAUUUAGUGCUAAACUACGACUGGAAACUCGCCGGUUUUGACGAAGCUUUCGCCUUCCCAUUUGUCGACUUCCCGAAAGGCUUGCCCAUCACAGUCACCCGCACGCCCUCUGCUUCAACCUCACUUACGCCACAACAAGUUGUUGAAUGUUGAUGUAUAGCAACGCAUGCAAGCCAAGUUAUAUAUGUAGUCCGAGUCAUGGUUAUAUAUGUGUAUUAUUCUGUUUUGGAAAAAUAUCUGUUAUCCACUUGAGGUUUGACAUAAUAUAAAUCAUUAAUUUAUUAUAUAACGAUGAUAUCAAUUCUUAUAAAAAUC